GCACAAAUGGCAUCAGUGGCAGUAUCCCCCGCACCUCUACGCCUACAAACACAAAAUUUGAGCCUAUUGCUAUCUGUGGAAUGGCCUGCCGGCUUCCCGGCGGAAUCAAGUCUCCCAAAGACCUCUGGGACUUCCUCCUCGAAGGUCGCGACGGUCGCAGCCGUGUACCCAAAACCCGCUUCAACAUAGACGGCUACUAUUCCCCCACCAAGAGAGCCGCAACUGCAAUUACUGAGCAUGGAUAUUUUUUGGACGAAUCUGUAGACCUAGGCGCGCUCGACACGUCGUUCUUUUCUAUGACGAGGACUGAGGUUGAGUACCUCGAUCCACAGCAGAAACUUAUGCUCGAGGUUGCAAGAGAGUCUUUGGAUGACGCGGGUGAAGUCGGUACCAAGGGCUCUAAUAUCGGUGUUUAUGUCGGGUCUUUUGGCCAAGAUUGGUAUGAUAUUUUGGCUCGAGAGGGCUUGAGACAGAAUUCAUAUACUAUCGUUGCUUCGCACGAUUUCAUGCUAUCAGAGCGCAUAUCGCACGAGAUGGACUUAAAAGGGCCUAGUUUGACCAUCCGCACAGCUUGCUCCUCCUCACUCGUUGGCCUUAACGAAGCCUGCAUGGCCAUUGCCAAAGGCGACUGUGAAUCUGCCAUCGUAGGCGGCACUUCUUUAAUCCUUGCCCCCGACGUGUUCACGCGGCUGUCUUACCAGGGAGUCCUCAGCCCCGACGGGUCCUGCAAAACCUUUUCCGCUGAUGCAAACGGCUACGGCCGCGGCGAAGCCGUCGUAUCCGUCUACAUUAAAUCGUUGAGCGCGGCGCUCCGCGAUGGCAAUUCGAUCAGAUCAGUGAUCUCGGGUAGUGCGACAAACUUUGAUGGAAAGACGAAUCCAUUGACAACGCCGAGUGCGAGCGCUCAGGAGCUGCUGAUUAGAAAGGCUUACGAACAUGCUGGAAUUGAGGAUAUUGGAAAGACGGGUUUAUUCGAGUGCCAUGGUACUGGAACGUAUGCUGGUGACCCGAUUGAGGCUGAAGCUAUCGCCUCUGUCUUCGGCGAGAAGGGCAUCUAUGUCGGUGCCGUCAAGCCCAACCUUGGACAUUCAGAAGGAGCCUCUGGCUUGACUGCAGUGCUCAAAGCUACCUUAGCACUUGAGCAUCGUAUCAUCCCCCCAAACAUCAAGUUCUCUCCGUUGAACCCCCGCAUUCCUUUUGAGAAAGCAAAACUUCGGAUCCCCGAGCAGCCCACAAAAUGGCCGGCCGACCGUGACGAUCGUGUCAGCAUUAACGCAUUCGGAGUAGGAGGAGCAAACGCACACGUCAUUGUGGAAUCGGCAGCGAGCUGGCUGGCGUCUCAUCAGAAACCCAGGCCAACAGGCUCGGAGACGACGAAAGCUGCUGAGCCGCAGUUGCUCUUGUUCUCUGCCAACACCGCCCAGUCUUUAAAAGACCUUGUUUCAAAAUAUCAAAUUCUGCUUAGCGAGACAUCUUUGGACGUUGCCAACGUUGCAUAUACGCUUGCAAACCGGCGAGAGCAUUUCACCAAUCGCUCAUUCGCUAUCGCCACCAAGGACAAGUUUGAUGUGGCCGCUUCUGUUACUGCUCAAAAAGACGGCUCGACGCCGCCGUCUGUCGUUAUGGUGUUUACAGGCCAGGGAGCUGCAUGGCCUCAGGUUGGACGCACACUGCUACUCUCCAAUACCACAUUCUCGCAUACUAUCGACUUGCUUGACAAGCACUUACAGCAUCUUGGAGCCAUUUGGUCAUUGAAAGAGGAACUCCUCAAACCAGCCAGGACAAGUCGAGUAUUUGAAGCAGAGUUUUCACAACCUCUUUGCACAGCCCUUCAGCUUGCUUUAGUUGACACGCUAGCCGCCGUCGGGAUUAAACCAGCCGCCGUUGUCGGACAUUCCAGUGGUGAGAUCGGAGCAGCAUACGCUGCGGGAGCUCUCACAGCAGAAGAGGCCAUUACCGUGGCGUAUCUCCGAGGAACUGCAACUAAACACAAAACACAACAUGGAGGAAUGGCUGCAGUGGGACUUGGCUGGGAUGAUAUACAAGAGUAUCUUGUUCCUAGAGUCGUCACAGCGUGUGAUAACUCGCCAAGCAGUGUUACUAUUUCUGGAGAUGCUGAUAAACUAGAGACGGUCAUAGCUGCCGUCAAACAGGCUCAUCCAGAUGUACCUACCACUACGUUGAAGGUCGAGCAAGCUUAUCAUUCACACCACAUGCUUGCUUUCGGACAAGCCUAUUACCAAGCCAUGGUCAACUGCGGCGUGGUAGGUAGGACGCCCACGGUACCUUUCUUCUCCAGUGUAACUGGUGAGCUCCUCACAAGUAGCAAAAUUAGCCCGCUCGGUCCUUCAUACUGGCAAGCUAAUCUGGAGCGUCCUGUCCUUUUCAGGUCAGCCGUUACGAACAUCCUCAAAUCUGCGGCAAUCAUUAAUCCAGUGUUCCUUGAGCUCGGCCCGCACUCAGCACUCGCCGGUCCGCUAAGGCAGAUACUAACGUCUGAGUCAAGCGGUGCGUCUUACGUUUCAUCGCUCGUACGUCGACAAAAUAGUGCAGAGAAUUUGCUUCAAGCAAUUGGAAAGCUUUACAUGCUCCAAGCAAGCAUUGACUUUAAAUCUAUCUCGCCCACUGGUUCCUGCCUCCCAGAUCUCCCUGCUUAUCCGUGGGAUCAUUCGCGUAGACACAUGUUCGAAUCCCGAGUGACCAAGGAGUGGCUAGGAAAGAAAUAUCCUGACCAUACACUUUUAGGAGGAAGAGUGCCAGAGAGCACUGAUCUCGAGCCUGUUUGGCGCAAUCUCUUACAAGUUGAUACCACGCCUUGGAUUGUGGACCACAAACUUGGCGACAACAUUGUCUUCCCUUUGGCAGGAUACGUAGCCGUUGCGGCCGAAGCUGCGCGCCAGGUAUCUGGGAUCGACGAUGGAGUUAGCUUUCGAAAUAUUGCAGUUAGUUCUGCCUUAGUUCUUAAUGAUGAUGCUCCUACGGAAAUAAUCACCACGAUGCGUCGCAAGCGGCUGACGGAUAGUCAAAACAGCGAAUGGUGGGAAUUUGGCAUCGCGUCUCACAACGGUCAUGUAUGGACCAAGCACGCCUCGGGUGAGGUGAAAGGCGAGACUUUCGACAAGAUGCAGCAGCUUGAUGAUACAGAAGAAGAGCUACCCCGGAAGGUUGAUAGCACUAAGUGGUACGACUCGACGGCACGUCAAGGCAUUACUUACGGGCCGACCUUCUCCGGCCUUGAGAAUAUCAAGUCAUCCACGGGCUGGCCUAAUAAAAGUACGGCCACAAUGAAAAAUAACAAAUGGGGAGAUGAGGCACAGCACCACUUGCACCCUAUCAUCCUGGAUACUUACUAUCAGCUGAUGAGUUGCGCGCUUCACGACGGCUUAGACCGAGACUUCCGCCGAACUCUUGCUGCAAGAAUAGAUUCGAUGAUAAUGUUCCGGUGCUCUGAAGACAACUUGAAAAUUGCGGUCAGAUCUGAGCCCACACAAGAAGGCUAUAUUGCAUAUGGCUCUGUAUCUGCAGGCUCCAAGAUCGUCUUGAAAGUCGAUGGUUCUCAUUCUACGCUCUUUGAAGAAGCAGAAGCCGGAGACAAAAGCAGCAUCCCAAUUACCGCACGGACAGAAUGGGUACCUCAUGUAGACUUCAUCGACAGGAAUAGCCUUAUUAAAUCCCGCCCAGACCAAGAAACGAUCAUGCCUCUUAUCAAUCAACUCUCACAAUUGGUCAUUAGUCUCGCUAGUAGAGCCACUAUAAAAACACAAGUGCUGGCUCCUCACUUGAUCAAGUAUAAGAAGUGGCUCCAUGAGCAAGCGCCUUCCGGCAUUGACACAUUGGAUUCUGCUACCUUAACCCAAUCAAUUCAAUUACUCAUCGACAAACUUCAGGCUACUUCUGCCGGACAUGCGGCAGCAGCCAUUGUCGCUGUUUCCAGCAACAUUGAAGCUCUGUUGAGUGGAGAGAAGACUGUAUUGGAAGUUUUGAAUUCCACAGGUAGCCUUGACAGCUUCACAGAGUUCCUCCGGGAACAUGACGAUGGAAACUAUCUACGGUGCAUCGGCCACUCUAAGCCAAAUAUAUCUAUCCUUGAAAUUGGCGCAGGUCUCGGUGAAAAGACUUCAAAGAUUAUAAAGUAUCUGUCCCGCGCCGAUGGACAGCCUCUGUACUCGCAAUAUGUCGUCGUGGACGCGUCGUCCGGACUGGUCAAUGCAGCCAGGGAAGGUCUGAAGGGUGUUCCCAACCUCGAAUUCAUAACGCUUGAUGUGAGUCGAGAUCUAGCUGAACAGGGGUUCGAGGAUCGUCAAUUCGAUGUCAUUGUUGCAGCAAACAUCGCCAGCACGGGAAACAUUCUCCAAGAUAGUCUACGUAACCUCUACCGACUCCUGAGGCCCCAUGGAAAGCUGAUCCUCGAGGAGUCACGCCCUGGCCUGAGUUGGGCAAAGUUUGUUUUGGGGCUAUUGCCUCGCUGGUGGGCGCAUGCUAGCGAUAUGGAUCGUGUUGGCGAACCAUUCAUCGGUCCGGAAAGAUGGCAAGAUGAACUUGCGGGAGCUGGUUUUGCGGUCGUGGAUCAUAUCAAGCCAGAUUCGGAACAUUGGACCAAUAGCGUACUGAUUGCAACACCCCAGCAUUUAAACACCCCUGAUAAACAUAUCACUUUGCUGAGCCUUACAGAUAUGACGCAACCAAGCCUGAUCGUGCAGGAACUUGAGAAUCGGGGCUAUAAGAUCGAUCGUAUUUUGCUUGGGGAGACUCCUCCGGCGGACCAGGAUGUACUAGCUAUCUUGGAAGAGGAGCAACCUUUUUUCGAGAAUUUGGAUGCGGAAAAACUAUCACAGUUUAAGACAUUGCUGACUGACCUCGGAAGCGCCGGUCUCCUCUGGGUUACACGUCCCUCUAGUAUUGGUGUUACCGACCCCAGAUACGCCCAAGUCAUUGGCUUAGUUCGCACUCUCCGAUCCGAGUUAAGUAUUGACAUUGCCACAGUUGAGACAGAUAGAAUUGAAACUCCAUUAGGAGCUAUCUAUCUAGCCGACGUUGUGAGCAAAUUCCUGGCCAGAGGAGAUGAUGGCGCUCUGGGCCCUGAUCUUGAAUAUGCUAUCCACAAGGACCAAAUACUCGUCAAUCGUAUCUUUCCCUUUUCUCUCGAACAGGACCUUAUCGUAUCGCAAGCAUCCGCAGAAGCAGUGGUAACUCAGACCAUUCCAGGCCGCCUCAACACAAUUACAUGGUCGACCUUAUCUCCAACCGCUCCUAAGGAUGAUGAGAUUGAAGUCGAGGUGUACGCUAGUGGAGUUAACUUCAGAGAUGUUCUAGUGGGCAUGCAGAUCAUCCCUGGACGCCAUGAACCUAAAUUUGGUUACGAAACAACCGGCAUUGUGCGCCGCGUUGGACCAAGAGUAACAAAGCUCACUGUCGGUGACCGCGUUGUCGGUGUAGGUGCCAGGACAUUCACGACCGUUAUCACAAGCCGUGAAGUAUACUAUGAGAAGUUGCCUGAUCAUAUCAAUUUUGUCGAGGCUGCUUGUAUUCCUACUAUAUUCCUCACAGUUGUGCACGGUUUGCGUGAUUUGGGACGUCUCGAGAGGGGUCAAUCCGUCCUCAUUCAUAGUGGUGCUGGCGGAGUUGGCCUGGCGGCUAUCCAGGUAGCCCAGAUGCUCGGCGCCGAGAUUUACACGACAGUGGGCAGCGAGAACAAGGUAAAAUAUUUAAUGGAUACUUUCCAUCUUCCCAGAAACCGAAUCUUCAACUCAAGGAAUGAGUCUUUUGUGCAAGACUUGCUCCGCGAGACAAAUGGAAAGGGUGUGGACGUGGCCUUGAACUCCCUUGCUGGUGAGCUUCUACACGCGACUUGGAAGUGUGUUGGGAGAUGGGGAACCAUGGUAGAAAUCGGAAAGCGUGAUCUUAUUGGCAAUGCACAGCUAGAUAUGGGCCCCUUCCUAGCCAGUCGCAAUUACUGCUGCAUUGACAUCGAUCAGAUGAGGUCUGAACGGCCUGAGAUGAUUAGCAGACUGCUACAAAGUGUCAUGGAUUCUUUUGCCAAAGGAUUUCUCAAACCUAUCCGGAUCGAUCGUGUCUUUAGCGGGUCUGAAGUACUGGAAGCACUCAGAUAUAUGCAGCAGGGCAAGCAUAUGGGUAAAAUCGUGCUCGAGAUUCGCGAGCCUUCAGGAAAGCUUCUUGUCGACAACGUAGACGCCACAAAGAAGUCCGGUGCUGAGUUUGAUGAAGCAGCAUCAUAUCUCCUUGUUGGAGGCCUUGGAGGCCUUGGUCGCUCUAUUUCAGUCUGGAUGGUCCAACGCGGCGCUAGAAACCUCAGUUUCUUGUCUCGAAGUGCGGGAAGUGGAGAGCACGAUGCCGAUUUUGUUAGGGAGAUCGAGAGCAUGGGAUGUACCGUCCAGCUGGUCAAAGGAGACGUUACGAACGCUGGCGAUGUUACACGUGCUGUUGAUGGGGUAUUAGCUCCCCUAAAAGGUAUCGUUCAGAUGUCGAUGGUACUUCGCGAUCAAAUGUUUGAUGGAAUGAGCAUCGAAGACUGGAAUGCUGUAACAAAGCCCAAGGUUCAAGGCACCUGGAACUUGCAUAAUGCCACUUUGUCGAAGGGAAUUGAUCUAGACUUUUUUCUUCUCUUCAGUUCAUUGUCAGGCAUCGUUGGGCAAGUCGGACAGUCCAAUUAUGCCAGCGCAAACACCUUCCUCGAUGCAUUUGUGCAGUACCGCGCCAGACACAAUCUCCCAUGUACAGCCAUUGAUCUUGGCGCAAUGAAGGGUGUCGGCUAUCUGUCUGAGAACACGGAGCUUCUUAGGAAGAUGCAAGGUACCGGGUGGAGCGUGGUCCAAGAAACCGAGCUCCUUGGAGCUUUGGAUCUAGCCAUGAUGACUCCGGCUACCCGCAACCAGCGCAAAAAGGCUAACUCUUUCGGGGACACCUUCCUUCUCGGUCUCGUUCCGACUGUUCCUUUGAACAGCCCUUCAAGCAGCUCUCGUUUGAAGAGGGACGUUCGAAUGGCUAUCUACCACAACAUUGACGCUGGCAACCACUUGAAGGCUGGCUCAGCACCCGAUGGCCUCCGUGCAUUCCUUGCGUCUGUUAAGCAGGAUCCGAGUGUCCUCAAGACUAGCGAGGCUGUGGAGAUCCUUGCAGUAGAAAUUGCCAGGAAAUUGUUCAGUCUGCUCUUGGCAGAAGAUGCCGAAAUUGAUAUCACCCAGAACACCGCUGAUUUGGGCCUGGAUUCGUUAGUCGCGGUUGAGUUGCGUGCUUGGUGGAAGCUGAAUCUGGGCUUUGAUAUAUCGACGCUUGACAUGUUGAGUUUAGGAACUGCCGAGGCGUUGGGUAAGCGCGCUGUGGAUGGGCUCAUUGCAUUGCACGGUCCUUAGAUGAUUUGCAAAAGAAAGGGCACGGUAAGGUACGUCAAUCGUUCGAUUGGCGUUGGCGAGUGAUGCAAAUGUUGGUAUUUUUGACUGAGAGGACUAGCUUUAUAAGUCGGU